GAAACAUUUUUCGUUUUUUUACUUAAAAUUUAAAAAACUUAUUCUUAUAUUCUCACAAGAUAGCGCCGGAAGCAGCUGGGAAGUCGGAGAGUCUGAGACAGCCACCCGACGCCGCCGCUCUCCACGGCGGUCACCGAAUAAUUGACAAUCAGUGUAAAGUGGAAGGAAAUUGAAAGAAAGCUUGAAAGUUUGUUGUUCAAUCUUUUGAACGGGUGUGUGGUUGAGAUUGGAGAAGGAGAAUGAAUAAAAGUGGAGCAGUUGGAGGAGGAGGAGGGUUAGGUGGUGGUGGUGGUGGAAGCGGGCCUACUGCGGCGGCGGCUGCGGCGGCUGCUCAGAAGCAGAAAACGCUGUUGGUUAAAGUGGAAGGUGAUAUCGCAAAUAUUGUAGACAAUUUCAGCCACCUCGUCAAUGUUGCCAGGGUAAAUGAUCCACCGGUUAGAAAUUCACAGGAAGCUUUUAUGAUGGAGAUGCGUGCUGCUAGAAUGGUCCAGGCAGCAGAUUCUCUACUUAAGUUGGUGUCAGAGCUGAAGCAGACAGCUAUCUUUUCAGGAUUUGCUUCUCUUAAUGACCAUGUAGAGCAAAGAAAGGUUGAAUUUAACCAACUUGGAGAAAAAACAGACCGCCUAUUAUCUAGAAUUGGAGAAGAAGCUGCUGCUAGCCUGAAAGAACUUGAAUCUCAUUAUUCUUCUUCUGCACAGAAGACUAUUCAAAAUCUGCAACCGUAGUGAGAUUCUUGAGAAUCUAUUAAUGCAGCUUGCACCAGUCGCUUGAUAUUUUUCUGGUAUAAAAGCCACUUAAUUUUUUUUAAGCUCUAUUAUUUCCUUGUUUGGAUGACUAUUAUUUAGGACUAGGAAGUAGAAACUGUUAUUCUAUUACUGAGAAAAUGGAAAGGAAUAUAGCCUCACUCGUUUUGAGUGUAUGGGUGUAAUUGUGGCAAUAUGGAAUGGGGAAUCAAUUUGGAAAGGGGGAGAAUCGUUGUGCACUCAUUCAAAUGAUUACUAAUUACUGAGAAGCAAACAAUCUCAAAUGCUAUAGCUGCUGUGACAGGUUUCUGAUAUAUGAAACCUUAUAUUUCUCAU